AUGGGUAAGCGGAAGAAGUCGAGCAGGCAGCCCCAGCAACCCAAAAAGAGAGAACCACUGCCCACCACAUUUGCUUGUCUUUUUUGCAAUCACGAAAACUCGAUUGUUGUGAAACUGGACAAGAAGCUGGGAUUAGGAAAUCUAUCUUGUAAAGUCUGUGGCCAAAGGUUUCAAACAGGCAUUAACUACCUCUCCGCCGCUGUUGAUGUAUAUUCGGACUGGGUAGAUGCCUGUGACGCAGUUGCCAAGGAUACUGCAACUAAACAUGACGAAAACGGUGCUCGCUCUAGACGUUCGAAUGACCACAAUGCUUCUCCAGGCACCCAGGAUAUUGGCUUUGACGAUACUGAGCGCGUCGACGCAUAUGUUGACGAUUACUGA